CGAGAGAGAGUGAGUGAGUUAUUGCCUCCGGACAAGAGAUCCCAUUCUCAUCCCCCGUGCCGCCGCCGGCUCCGAGCUCGCUCCCAGCUCUGCCCCGGACCGGGAUCAGCGGCCGCGUCUCUCUCCUCGGGACGUGAAAAGCCAUGGCCCACGAAGGAAGGUCCUCUGCUACUCCUUCGCUACCACUGCCACUGCCGCCGCCGCCGCCGCUGCUGCAGUGCUGGAGCUGCCUGCUGCUGCUGAUGCUACUGCUGGGGCUCGUGCAGGCUGUGAGUGAGAACGAGCCGAGGCCCGAGGCCCCGGUGUUCGGCUGCGGAGGGGAGCUGAGUGGCGAGAGCGGCUACCUGGGCAGCGAGGGCUACCCGGGUCUCUACCCGCCUAACCGCGACUGCCUGUGGAGGAUCACGGUGCCUCCCGGCCACCGGGUGCUGCUCUCCCUGCAGCACCUGGACCUGGAGAAGGCGCCGCUGUGCCGCUACGACGCCCUCACGCUGCACGACGGCGGCACGGCGGCGGCGCCGCGGCUGGCGCGCUACUGCGGCGCGGCGCCGCCCGGCAGCGUGCACUCGACGGGGCCCGCGCUGCUGCUGCGAAUGCGCACGGACGGCGAGAACGCCGGCACCGGAUUCCUCGCCAGCUUCACGGCCGAAAGGCCCGCGCAGCCCGGCGGGAGCGUGUGCGGCGGGCGCCUGCGGGGUCCCAGCGGGAGCUUCUACUCUCCAAACUGGCCACACUCGGACUACCCCACGGGCAUCACCUGCUCCUGGCACAUCUCGGGCCCGCCCGGCAAGGUGGUGUCGCUGCGCUUCGUCAAGUUCGACGUGGAGCGCGACCCCACGUGCCGCAGGGACCACGUGUCGGUGUUCGACGGCCGCGAGCUGGACGAGGGCCGACGCCUGGGCCGGCUGUGCGGUGACGAGCCGCCCGAGCCGCUGCUGUCGUCGGGCAGCGAGCUAUUCGUGCAGUUCGUGUCGGACCACGGCACCACGGCCGACGGCUUCGAGGCCUUCUACUCCUUCCAGGCCCGAGCCACAAACUCGACCGGCAAAACCACGAUCGCCAUUACCACGACAGCCAAAACCACGACCGCCAAAACCACCACGUCUAGAACUACCGCCACCGCCAGGAUUACAACUGCCGCCAGCAGUCCGCCUACAACAACCUCCACCGUGACCGCCCCAACAGCAACAACGAGACGGAACAGAGUUUCUUCAGUAAAUCCGCGAUCUUCCCCCUGCCGGAAAAAGUGUUUGCGCCGCGGGACACUUGAGAGCAACUACUGCGCUAACGAUUUCGUGCUCGUGGGCAGGGUGGUGAACCUGCGGCGCAAGGCCAAGGGCUCCGUGCUCGUCGUCGCCGUGCUCCGGGCGCUGCGGUCCGGGCGGCUGCAACUGGCGCGGGCCGCGGAGCGCACAACCGCCAAGCUGCGCGUCGCCUGCCACACGUGCCCGCCCGUGCGCCAGGGGAUGAGCUACGUCUUCAUGGGCACGGUGGGGCCGGACCGCGUCGGCACUCUCUCCCCGUACGGCCUCGCGCUGCCCUACUCCGCCAAGCUGCAGCGCACGCUCGCGCGCCUCCACGCCAGGAGGAAAUGCUGAGGGCGUCGGCCUGCGAGGGCGUCGACGCCUCACCGCGCCUGCCCUCGCGCACCUUCACCCCCCCCCCCCCCCCCGUGGCGGCGGGGGAGGGGGGCUCGCGUCGGGCCGUGGCGGCCACGGCGCUGUGACGAGUGGAAAUCUCAAGCCGACGUUGGGGACAUCUCAAGCCGCUGCCGGUUCAAGCAGCAUUCCCCCCGCCCCACCUCACAGCGUGCGCUUGCUUGCGCGCGGCCCACAAUUCAUUGCAGCGGCAGAUUCAAGGGGGCAAGGUGAUGGGGGGCAGCUCCCGCCCCCCCCCCCCGCCCAUCUCUCCUCCCUUUCCCCUCCACCUCUUGAUACUCAGAAACUUGAUGUUGCGUUCAAUCAAUCUGUUUAUAUAAGGUGGCAAUUUCGCCCCUCAAUAAAGUAGGCAUCAGAGUGCACAUCACAGCGGAACGGGAACGGUAACAGGGGGCACGGAGCAGCAACAGGAAUGAUAAAAGAGACCCAUCACGCCAUCGGCGGCUAAGGCCACCGGUAAAUUGCAACCGUGCGAAACGAAUAACAUAUGAAAGUUAAGUAGUGAACUUUUAGAUGUUAUGGGAAGGCGGGUCUGAGUCGGUGCGCCUCGCACAGACCACGGAGUGGAGAGACACUCGGAGUGGAGAGACACUCGGAGCGUUUCGGCUGUCCGGUGGCAGGCAGCGUGAGGGAGUUGGGCCUCCGCUCAAGAAGGCCUUCGUGACCCCAGCUUUUGAAUCAGACCGACCACCCGAAAUUAAGCAGAGUUCUCACAGAUGUUACCAUUUGCCUUUAGAAGCUAACCCCCCUUUUUCUGAUGACGACCGCUUGUGUUGCCAUCAAAACGUCGUAGUUUUUUGUUAUUUUCUUUGAACCUAUCUACGUGACUUUACCGAUUGACCCAAAGAUGAUUAAUUCCUGCAGUCACGAAAGCUUUAAGUCAACAUUCUUAUAAAAAUAGAAAAUCUUCAUUGUCCGGGAAAAACCUGACUGGGGUCUCACUACUUUAAUCAGGAAGGGACCAUUUCGAGAUGGUUGACUAAUUCCUGUUAAAUUUUGAUUUAAAGCAUUCGUGACUGCAGGGAUUCAUAUUCUUGGUUCUUUCGGUAAAGUCACGUAGAAGGGAAACAAUAAAAUAAUAAA